AUGUACGUGUCGAUCGCUUCGCUCGAUUGGAAUCAAGUGGAGCAAACCCCGCGAGGCGAGGUCUACGAAGUCUGUGACGCUGACGAGGAGGGCUGGGCUUUGUUCAUGGAGAGUGAGGCGCCGGAGACCAAGUGUGGCAAAAUGGAGUGGAUCGACGGCAGAAUCGCGAUCGUGGAGUUCCCUUCGCGCGAGCGUGGGGAUCUCGUCGGCGCGUUCGUAAGAUGCGUGACGCAGAAUAUUUCCCUUGACGCGUACCUUCAUCCGAGUGUCGGGGGCAGCACACCGCGACAUCUUCCUUAUCAUGAAGCUGAUCUCAGCUACGGUCCGACCUCCCAAGGCGGAGGUACUCUACCGCCGGGGAUCCAAUGGCGAGACUGGGACACUCUCAAACUUGAAAUCGGGUACUCCCGUGGCUGGGGCCACGGCCCUGGCGCCACGUACAAACUCUACAUGGUGCUGCAUCGCGACGGGCAUCUGCCUCUCGAUGUCUCAACACGCGUUGAAGCUCCUCACACAGUCGUGAAACUCAAUUCGCGUCUGCUGUUAGGCCUGGCCCCUCGCGCGCGACUGCCUCGUCAGCCCCCAGUUCCUGUUGGUCUUUUCAUCGACUUGUACGAGAUCCUGGAACUCACCCGGGCGCGGUUUUGA